AUGGCUUCACGAAUCUACGCGCCUUCCCCUUCGACAUUCGCCGAGGAUCCGGAUCGAUAUCGCGAGAAUGGACUUCAUCCUCUCACCAUUGGUGAUAUCCUCAAAUUCGGUAGAUACCGAAUAGUUCAUAAGCUGGGCUCAGGAAGCUUUGCCACCGUCUGGCUCGGCAGGGACACAUCAGAGAACAAAUAUGUCUCUCUGAAGAUCUUGUCUGCCGACACCCCUCUUGACUGUAAAGAGCUUCGGAUUUUACAGGAGAUAACUGAAUCUGAAUUAAACCACAAAGGACGAGAGUUUGUUGUUCAGCUUCUCGACCAUUUUACCAUCGAGGGCCCCAACGGCCGGCAUCUGUGCGUUGUGACCCCUGUAGCCGGAGACCGUUUGGCGAGAAAGCCCGGGUUGCCUUACAACUCCUUGGAGUGGCCUCGAAUCAUUGGACUUCAGAUUGCAGAAGCCUUGGGUUAUCUUCACGUCUUGGGCAUUGCGCAUGGAGAUUGUUACACAUCCAAUAUUCUCUCCCAGGUUCUCCCAUUUGACGAUUGGACCGAAGAAGAGCUCUAUGCUUGCCUAGGACAGCCCGUUAAACAUCAAGUACGUCGCUUGGAUGGGAUGCCAAGGGAAGACAAUGCCCCCGAGUACACAGUCGACCCCUGUGAUAUAACAGCACUAGAAGCUCGUCUGUCCACAGACCGAAUUCUCCUCAUCGACUUCGGAGCUGCUUUCUAUCACCACGAAAGCCCUGAGCAGAUCUUCACUCCAGCUCCAUUCGCAUCCCCCGAGAUUCUUUUCGGCGGCGAGCUCACGUUCGCAGUCGAUAAUUGGGCAUUUGGGUGCCUUCUGUACGAGCUUUGUGCCGACCGCAGUCUUAUUAAAUUACUUUUCGGAUGGAACAACGAUGCGAUGAAGGACCAGGUGGCUAUGCUUGGGAAGCCUCCUGAUGCUCUCUGGCAAAACUGGGAGGGUAAGGACAAGUACUUUCACCCCGAUGGAACACCAAAAGAAGCCCACGAUAGGCGUCUGAAGGUCUACCCACUCUCCCUGAAGCAAAGAGUGCGAAACCUGGAGAAGCCCCUCAGCGAACGAGGCUACGGAACGGGAGACGAAGCGCCACUUCCACCAGAUCUCCAGAACUUGUUUGACCUUCUCAAUGGUGUCAUAACUUACGACGCCAGGUCCCGCAUGUCAUUCGAAGGAGUACAGGCUCAUCCUUUCUUCAGAGGCGUUAAUAUCCCGGGGUGUUGA